AGAUACACUGUGUAGUUUUAGUCUUGGUCUGCCACUGCUUGCUGAAAACCCAAGGAGACGAAAUGGAAGAGAAGCCACCAGGAAGUUUCUGACAUUAAGCCCGGCCUCUGCCUCUGAGCUGAUUGUCCAGAACAGCAGUAACCUCAGGAGAAAGGCAUCCAGAGGCAGUGCUGGGCUGUACUUGUGGCUAACUCAAGAGAUGAGAAAGGACAGGCCUGGAAAUGCCUCUUUUAGAUUCAGCUUAUUUGCCACCAACCAUCUUUAUUUUGACUCACAUUCUUGGAAUUGCUGGUGUUCUGUACUGGAAGAGAUGUGCCAAAGGCAGAGCAGAUGAGCGGGACCGGGUUCAGAAGAAAACAUUUACUAAGUGGGUCAACAAGCACUUGAUGAAGGUCCGCAAGCACAUCAAUGAUCUGUAUGAAGACCUUCGGGAUGGACACAACCUUAUCUCCCUUCUGGAGGUUCUCUCAGGCAUCAAACUGGAGCCAGCAGGGCUGAAGACCCUUCGUCUGGUGAGCAUGCCCUCCUGGCGUCAUACAAACAGCGAGGAGCAGGAGGAAGAAGAUGAUGAUGAUGUACCCCGGGAGAAGGGCAGGAUGCGUUUUCACAGGCUGCAAAAUGUGCAGAUUGCCCUGGACUUCCUGAAGCAACAAAAGGUGAAGCUAGUGAAUAUUCGCAAUGAUGACAUCACAGAUGGCAACCCCAAGCUAACCCUGGGCCUGAUCUGGACCAUUAUUUUGCACUUCCAGAUCUCUGAUAUCUACAUUAGUGGGGAGUCAGGGGAUAUGUCAGCCAAGGAGAAACUGCUCUUGUGGACUCAGAAAGUAACAGCUGGUUACACAGGAAUCAAAUGCACCAACUUUUCUUCCUGCUGGAGUGAUGGGAAAAUGUUCAAUGCACUGAUUCACCGGUAUAGACCCGAUCUGGUAGAUAUGGAGAGAGUGCAAAUCCAGAGUAACCGGGAGAAUCUGGAACAGGCUUUUGAAGUAGCAGAGAGACUAGGGGUUACCCGAUUGCUGGAUGCAGAAGAUGUGGAUGUGCCAUCUCCAGAUGAAAAGUCUGUAAUCACUUACGUGUCUUCAAUAUAUGAUGCCUUCCCUAAAGUCCCUGAGGGUGGAGAAGGGAUUAGUGCUACGGAAGUGGACUCCAGGUGGCAAGAAUAUCAAAGCCGAGUGGAUUCCCUCAUUCCCUGGAUCAAACAGCACACAAUCCUGAUGUCAGAUAAAUCUUUUCCCCAGAACCCUGUUGAACUAAAGGCACUUUAUAAUCAAUAUAUACACUUCAAAGAAACAGAAAUUCUGGCCAAGGAGAAAGAAAAAGGAAGAAUCAAAGAGUUAUAUAAAUUAUUAGAGGUUUGGAUUGAAUUUGGCAGAAUUAAGCUGCCUCAAGGUUACCACCCUAAUCAUGUAGAAGAAGAGUGGGGGAAACUCAUCAUUGAAAUGCUAGAGCGAGAGAAAUCCCUGCGGCCAGCUGUGGAGAGGCUGGAAUUGCUGCUACAGAUUGCAAACAAAAUACAGAAUGGUGCUUUGAACUGUGAAGAAAAACUGACACUAGCUAAGAAUACCCUGCAGGCUGAUGCUACACACCUGGAAUUAGGACAGCCGGUACAAUGUGAGUCAGAUGUCAUCAUGUACAUUCAAGAAUGUGAAGGUCUCAUCAGGCAGCUGCAGGUGGAUCUCCAGAUCUUAAGGGAUGAGAAUUACUACCAACUAGAAGAGCUGGCCUUUAGGGUCAUGCGUCUGCAGGAUGAGCUAGUCACCUUGCGUCUGGAGUGUACAAGUCUGUACCGGAAGGGCCAUUUCACUUCACUUGAAUUGGUUCCACCCUCUACUUUAACCACUACUCAUAUGAAAACAGAACCUUUGAGCAAGACAACUCAUUCUUCUUCUACCUCCUGGUUCCGAAAACCCAUGACUAGGGCUGAGCUUGUAUCUAUCUCUUCCUCUGAAGAUGAAGGCAAUCUCAGAUUUGUAUAUGAGCUACUUUCUUGGGUAGAAGAGAUGCAGAUGAAACUGGAACGAGCAGAGUGGGGCAACGAUCUGCCUAGUGUAGAGUCUCAGCUAGAAGCACAGCAGCACAUCCACACCAGUGUAGAAGAGCUGGGCUCAAGUGUCAAAGAGGCUAGGUUGUAUGAGGGAAAGAUGUCUCAGAAUUUCCAUACCAGCUAUGUUGAAACUCUUGGAAAGUUGGAGACACAGUAUUGUAAAUUGAAGGAGAUGUCUAGCUUCCGAAUGAGGCACCUUCAGAGCUUGCACAAAUUUGUCUCCAGAGCCACCGCUGAGUUGAUCUGGUUGAAUGAGAAGGAGGAGGAGGAACUAGCAUAUGAUUGGAGUGACAGCAACCCUAAUAUCCCAUCCAAGAAAAACUACUUCUCUGAGUUGACAGUGGAGCUGGAAGGCAAACAGGAUGUAUUUCGUUCUCUACAAGAUACUGCAGAAUUGCUCUCACUUGAGAACCACCCAGCCAAGCAAACAGUGGAGGCAUAUAGUGCUGCUGUCCAGUCCCAGUUACAGUGGAUGAAGCAGCUAUGCUUAUGUGUUGAACAACAUGUGAAAGAGAAUACAGCUUACUUUCAGUUCUUCAGUGAUGCCCGAGACCUGGAGUUAUUCUUGAGAAACCUCCAAGACUCCAUCAAACGAAAAUAUACCUGUGACCACACCACCAGUUUGUCCCGCCUUGAGGAUCUGCUCCAGGACUCCAUGGAUGAGAAGGAACAGCUUAUACAGUCUAAAAGUUCGGUUGCCAGUCUUGUUGGGAGAUCAAAAACUAUUGUUCAGCUAAAGCCACGCAGUCCAGACCAUGCUCUAAAGAGUACUAUAUCUCUGAAGGCCAUCUGUGACUACCGGCAGAUUGAGAUCACUAUUUGCAAAAAUGAUGAGUGUGUUCUAGAGGAUAAUUCUCAGCGGACCAAAUGGAAGGUGAUCAGCCCCACAGGGAAUGAAGCAAUGGUGCCAUCAGUCUGCUUCCUCAUUCCCCCACCCAAUAAGGAUGCCAUUGAAAUGGCCAGCAGGGUGGAACAGUCUUAUCAGAAAGUGAUGACCCUUUGGCACCAGCUACAUGUUAACACCAAAAGCCUUAUCUCCUGGAAUUAUUUGCGGAAAGACCUUGACCUUGUACAGACCUGGAACUUAGAAAAGCUUCGAUCCUUAGCACCAGGAGAGUAUCACCAGGUUAUGAAGAAUCUCCAGGCCCAUUAUGAAGACUUUCUACAGGAUAGUCGUGACUCUGCACUCUUCUCAGUGGCUGAUCGAUUGCGCUUGGAAGAGGAGGUGGAAGCUUGUAAAGCCCACUUCCAGCACCUGAUGAAAUCCAUGGAGAAUGAGGACAAAGAAGAGAAUGUGGCCAGGGUAUACAUCUCAGAGCUGAAGAAUAUCCGACUACGCCUGGAGGAGUGUGAACAGAGACUGGUCAAACGAAUUCAGUCUCCAGCUAGCUCUAGAUCUGACAGAGAUGUGAGGCAGGAUAUCACAUUAAGGAUUGCAGAGCAAGAGCAUACUCAGGAGGAUUUGCAGCACCUGAGGUCUGACCUGGAUUCUGUUUCCAUGAAAUGCAACAUCUUUCUUCAGCAGUCUCCAUCAGGUUCCAGUGCUCCAACUCUUCGCUCAGAGCUGAACCUGCUGGUAGAAAAGAUGGACCACGUCUAUGGUCUGUCUACUAUCUACCUGAAUAAAUUAAAGACAAUUGAUGUUAUAGUACGUAGCAUACAGGAUGCUGAACUCUUGGUCAAAGGUUAUGAAAUCAAGUUGAGUCAAGAAGAAGCAGUGACAGCAGAUCUCUCAGCUCUGGAGGCCCAUCGGGCCACAUUACAGCACUGGCUUAGUGAUGUUAAAGACAAGAAUUCAGUGUUUUCAGUCCUGGAUGAGGAAAUCACUAAGGCCAAGGCAGUGGCAGAACAGCUGAGUAGCUUGACACCAGAGCGAAACUUGGAUUUGGAACGUUAUCAGGAGAAAGGUUCUCAGCUACAGGAACGUUGGCAUCGAGUCAUUGCCCAGCUGGAGACCCGGCAGUCUGAGUUAGAAAGUAUUCAGGAAGUUCUGGGAGAUUACCGAGCCUGCCAUGGAACUCUCAUCAAGUGGAUUGAGGAAACCACUGCCCAGCAGGAAAUGAUGAAGCCAGGCCAGGCAGAGGAUAGCAGGGUAUUAUCAGCACAGCUCAGCCAGCAGACGGAUCUAUUUGCAGAAAUUGAAAGAAACCAGACAAAACUGGACCAAUGUCAAAAAUUUUCCCAGCAAUACUCUACUAUUGUAAAGGAUUAUGAAUUGCAACUGAUGACAUACAAGGCCUUUGUGGAAUCCCAGCAGAAAUCCCCUGGCAAGCGCCGUCGCAUGUUUUCCUCUUCAGAUGCCAUCACACAAGAGUUCAUGGACCUGAGGACUCGCUACACAGCUUUGGUGACGUUAACUACUCAGCAUGUGAAAUACAUCAGUGAUGCUCUCAGGAGGUUGGAGGAGGAGGAGAAAGUGGUAGAAGAGGAGAAACAAGAACAUGUGGAGAAGGUUAAAGAACUUUUGGGAUGGGUGUCUACCCUGGCAAGAAAUACACAAGGAAAAAUUACCUCAUCUCAAACCAAAGAAUCCACUGACAUUGAAAAGGCCAUUUUGGAACAGCAGGUUCUGGCAGAAGAACUGACAACCAAAAAAGAACAAGUUUCUGAGGCCAUUAAAACUUCACAGAUCUUUUUGGCCAAGCACAGUCAUAAGCUCUCAGAAAAAGAGAAGGAACAGAUCUCUGAGCAGUGGAGUGCCCUGAACAAGGCUUACCAUGACCUUUGUGAUGGUUCCGCAAACCAACUCCAACAGCUCCAAAAUGAGUUGGCUCAGCAGACAGAACAAAAGGGUUUCAGAGCAGUUGCUGGGGUGAUUGACCUAGGCACAGUGGAGAUAUUUCCCAUCUUCAGAGCCAUGCAAAAGGGCCUCAUUGACCAAGACACAGGCCUUGUGCUCCUGGAAUCUCAGGUUAUCAUGUCUGGCCUCAUUUCUCCUGAGACCAGUGAAAAGUUCUCUUUGGAAGAGGGCCUUGCAAGAAACCUCAUUAAUCCCCCAAUAUACCAGCAGCUCCUGAAGCUACAAGAUGCUCUGUCCUUAAUAAGCAGUCUUACUGAGACCAUAGGCCCUCUUUCUGUGGUGGAAGCAAUUGAAAAGAAAAUAAUCAGUGAGAGAGUUGGACUGAAAGUCUUAGAAGCUCACCUAGCAACUGGAGGUUUCAGUCUCUCCCCCAGUGAGAAAUGUAUUAAUCUGGAAGACGCUUUUCGUCGAGGUCUCAUUUCUACUUGCCUUCAUUCAAUGUUAGACUCUCACCUAAGAUUAUCCAAGAAUUUGAUAGAUCCUAACACGGCUGAGAAAAUUGGCUUGCUAGAACUGAUGCAGAGAUGUAUCGUCCCCCAAGAGUCAGGGUUGAAAUUGCUGCCUGUCAAGCAGUUGGCAGGGGGAAUGGUGAGCUUGAAAUCAGGCCGGAAGGUUAGCAUUUUCCGUGCUGUUCAGGAAGGGCUGAUAGAUAGGCAGGUUACUGUCCGGCUGCUGGAAGCUCAGCUUUUUGCUGGUGGCAUAGUAGAUCCAAGAACAGGACACAGACUCACAGUGGAAGAGGCUGUAAGACAUAAUUUGAUUGACCAAGAUAUGGCCUGUGCUAUUCUCAUAAGGCAGCUUCAGACAGGAGGCAUCAUUGACACUGUCACAGGACAUAGGCUGACCAUUAAUGAUGCAGUGAGCAAUAAUCUAGUAGCUGCUAAGACUGCCCUUGUUAUUCUAGAAUCCCUCUGGUCAGUCAUGGGGUUGCUAUGGCCCGAAUCUGGGGAAAUCCUCCCAAUUACAGAUGCUCUAGAGCAAGGUAUUGUGUCUACUGAAUUAGCACAUAAAAUCCUCAAUAAUCGACAGCAUAUUGAAGCUCUUUUUUUACCAACGACCACAGAGAUUUGGUCCUGGAAUAAAGCAAUAGAGAGUGGUAUCUUGGAUAAAGAUCUUGCUAAUAACUUAAGAUCUAUUUGUAUCCCUGAUGUGCUGCCCCAUAUGCAAUUAUUAGACUCUUUAGAACAAAGUGAAGUAGGCAUUACUGCUAGUACAUCACCUCUGUCAUGCAGCAAGGACCAACAUGAGAGUAUAGCAGGCCAUGGAGAGAAGCUGUUGUUUCAGCUGAUGACACACAGCUAUAUUAAUGUGCAGAAUGGACAGAGGCUACUUCUGUUGGAUCAAGAGCUGGUGGAGAUGCUAACAUCCAAAGAUGAAUAUCAAACAGGUCCUCCAGAAGUAUCUGGAAUUCAGGAUCAAACACUAGACACUUCAGAGGAAUUGCAAGAAUCAGAUAAUGGAACCAUCCCCCAAAUUUUCAGUGAUAAGUAUACUAGGAAGCCCUGUGAAUCACAUUAUUCUUCUCAGAACAAAGACUAUCCAAAUCAAGAAAAUUGUGCUGAAGCAAAAGGCAAAAGGACUAUUGUCAAAAUUGAAUGUUCUUCUGUAGAGGACCCUGAAAAGGAUCUGUGUAUAGGAGAACAAAAAGUGAUUAUUGGAAAUGUUGACACUUUGAGGGUCAUAAAUAAAGUCAAAUUAGAGCUACAUAGGCCCUUGUUAGGUACUAGAAAGGAAAAACAAACAGAAAUGUCUGACAGAGAAAGUGUCAGCAGAGGAUCCCUCCUUGUGGUACCUCCCUCAGGAGGUAGACCCUUGGUGCUUGAUGAAGACUUUUAUUCUACUAUGAAAACAAAAGAAUGGCAAGCUCCCAGAAAGAUUUCUUUCACAUAUCAGAAAGAACAAGCAGAAGCAAUUAAGACUGAAUAUAUUCCAAGUGAGGCUGGAAUACCUCUCCUAAAAUCCCAAAGCAAAAAGUCGCAAUUUCAGGUAGAGACUUCUCUAAGUUUCAAAUCAGAAUUUAAGUCAGAAAAUGAUAUGGACAAAGAAAAAGAGUUAAGAGAAACAUUUUUGUUUAAGGAUUGCCACACACAAAGCCAAGAAAGACCAGAUGUCACAGAUGACCAUAUAGUGAUGUUAGAAAAGACUGACAUGGAAGAUAAUGGCAGUGAGACUUCCUGGUCAUGCAGUCGUCCUCUUGAGGUGCUUGAAGAAGCUACCUUGAAUACAUUAUCUGCACAGCUACUGGAUGGUGGUAUCUUUCACAAUGAAACAGGUCAGAAACUCUUACUAAAUGAAGCAGUAGCCCAAGGCAUUGUGUCUAGCCACACUGCCAUGAAACUUAUGGAAAAAUUGAACAUGUUUCGGGGCUUCUUUGACUCUCAGACCUGUGAGUCUUUGACAACUGAAGAAGUCAUUGAUGAAGGUCUGAUGGAUGAGAAAUUAUUACAUAAUGUCCUUACAUCAGACAAAGCUAUAAGUGGUAUCUUAGACCCCCGUACCCACUCGCUCCACUCUAUAAAGGACGCAGUUGCAGUUGGACUUCUUGACAAGGAAACAGCUACCAGAAUUUUAGAGGGGCAGGUGGUGACUGGUGGAAUCGUUGACCUGAAACGAGGGAAAAAGCUUUCAGUAACUUUGGCCUCAAAUCUUGGAUUGGUGGAUAAUGCUGACCAGACAGAACUUAUAAAUCUGGAAAAGGCAUCCAAAGGCAGAGGUGCUGAAAAAACAGUUAAGGAAAGAUUAAUUUGUUUACAAAUGGAAACAACAGGACUUACAGACCCUGAUAGUAAAGCACCUUUAACAAUUUUGCAAUCCAUUGAUAAAGGUCUUUUGAAGCAAGAAGAAGCCAUCCAUUUGUUGGCUAAGCAGGUAGUAGAUGGAGGUAUCAUUCAUCAUACAUCUGGGUUGAGACUUUCUGUGGAUAAUGCCUUUAAACAUGACCUGAUUAGUGAAGAUGUAGCCAAGCAGCUCAAAAAAGUCGAGAACUUAAACCACCAUCAGUUUUUUCAUCCUGAAACAAAAGAAGCUCUUUCUCUCUCAGAAGCCAUAAAAUUAGAUCUUGUUACCCCAGAACUGGAAAGAGAAAUCCAAGAAAUUCAGGCCUUUAGUGGAAACUUUGUGGAUCUCAUUUCUGGCCAGAGAUUGACCUUGGCAGAAACUAACAAAGGAGAAAUGUUAGGUGAUAAAGCAGUAUUACCUUCAGGAAUGGUACAUGGGGUUGUAGAUCCUGAGACCUGCAGAGUUAUUCCCUAUUCAGAAUUGGUAAAGAAAUGUAAGAUUGACAUUGAAUCUGGAUGGAGAUAUCUAGAAAUAAUUCCAUUCUCUGAUAUUAAAGAUGAGUUGAGCAACAAAGUACUGACAGUGUCAGAAGCAAUUCAGCAUGGAAAAGUAGACUUUGCAUCUGCACUGCAGGUAUUGGACGCUCAGGCAAACACUGGUGGAAUUAUAGAUCCAGCCACGGGAAAAAGAUCGACAUUGGCAUCAGCUUUGCAACAGAAACUGUUGGAUGAAAACAUGGCCAGAAUUAUUGCAUCUCACCAGGUGUUAAAUGGAGGAAUUAUUGAUAUAUAUAAUAAUCAAAGAGUAACUUUAAAGGAAGCUGUUGAAAAAAGAUUUAUCAGCCCUGAACUGGCAACUGUGAUCCAAGUAGAUACUUUAGAACCCAGUGACAAGCAAGAUAGGACUGAAGUGUGUGAACUGAGGCGUGAAUUUCUAAGAAAGGAGUUACUAAUUGAGACUGGGGAAAAGAGUUACGAUAAAGAAGACUAUGAGAGAUUGUUACAGUUUGAAUGCCGGCAUGCCCAAGAAAAGGUUAAAGUAAGAGUUUCUGAUGGGGAGAUGGAGGAAAAAAUCAGGACAAUUUCAUUAAAGAAGUUAGAAGGCAAGGAUCAAGAUGAGGGGAAAGCUUCAGAUAAUAAAGGCUCUGCCAGCAUUGCAAGUCCUGGUGAUCUUAAACGUAAACCUUCAGGCCAAGUUUCAGGGAUGCAUCCCCACUCAGAAGCUUCCAAUUUGAAACUCAUAGAGGUAUCUAGAAGUCACAUGGGGAAAUGUAUAGAGCAGGAAAAUGUACUACAAAGAAAAAUGACUUCUCAUGUAAAGCAGUCUACUUCAAGCCUAGAUGCUGAAAAAGCAAGAGAAAAUCAAGGGAAAAUUAUUUCAAAAGUACAAGAUUCACAUUAUGAAACAUCAGGCAAAUUGUUGAGUGAGCAAUCAAUGAAUGUUCAGGUUAGUAAGAGAGAGAAGAGGGAGAUGGUUGUAGAAGAAAGUGUCCAAACAGGCAAAACAGCAAUUCUUUCUGCAGAAAAGAGCCAGGAAACUGCUGUUAGUGAUGAGUAUGACUCUAAUAUAAAGAACCAAUCUGUGGGAAUGAUUGGAAGUGACAAGGGGAAAGGAGCUGAUAGGGAAAUAGGCUCUUCCGAUAUUUGUAAACUUAAAGACUCUUCUUCCCAAAUGACACCCAAAGAUACUUCUGUAAAGUAUCAAGAUGCUUUAAAAUUCUUCAGCUCUACACAAGUUAGUGAAGGGGAAAUGAAAAACGUCAACCUUUUCUUGACUUUAAAACCAGGAGAAAAUGUAUCUCAAGAAAUUACUAGUGGAGUCCAGCAGAAACCAUUCUCUUCUAUGAUUCUAAAACCUGAAAGAUUAAACUACCAGGAAUCAGAUGGAGAAGCCCAAAUUACAAAUACACCCCAAAUUUCCAAAACAGAUAUGGCUGCCCAAAGAAGAGCCAGACAGGAAACCAAUGAUUAUCAAAACUUCUGUGUUACUUCUAAGACUAUAGAAACCAAAGAUGGGAUUUUCCUAUCCAAAGAUUAUAAAGAAAAGUCAUACCAAGAAGUACCUUUGUGUUCAAAAAGAGCUCAUAAAUUGAAAGAAACCACAGUUUCUUCUAUAGAUGCAAAAAAAGUCAGUCGUCUGGAGCCUGCAACUAAAAACAGUAUUCAUGAGGAUAGCAAAGGUGGCCAUGAGCUUUGUGAAAGUCUCAAAUCUAAAAUAGCAUCAACUCAGGAAACAGAAUUUCCACAAGUAGCAGAUCCCACAGGUAAAGGCCCAGAAGAAAGGUCCUCUGAAGAUACAGUGACUGAGGGAGAUCCUAGAGGCUUGUUAUCCCUUCUUCAAGAGAAACUGCCUGAAAAUGUAUUACAGAAAGAGAUUGCCAGGCAGCAGGAUGCUGUGCUUAGUCCCACUGUUUCAAAAACCAGUAAAGAACCAUCAGUGCCCCUAAUGCCAUGUUCUGUACUGAAGGUGGAUGAGAAGAAAACUCAGGAAAAGCUCAAAGAGAUCCUUGGCGAAGAGCAGACUUCCUUCAUGGCUGUACCUGGGGGAAAGGGGAGUGAAGGUGUAAACCCAGAGUCCUGCAGAGCAGCUCAAAACAUGUCUAACCGGCAACUUUGUUUAGAACAUGAUGAAAAGCUGGUAUCCUAUCUGUCUUUGUUACGGGACAUUGAAAUGAGGACCAAACAGAUUCAGGCUUUGGAGCUUAACGGGGCGGAACUGCAGGAUUUACUGUGUCAGGCCAAGGUGUUAGACAAAGAACUAAAAGAUCUGUCUACCAUGGUGAGUCAGGAAUUGGAGUGUGUGGAUCAGAUUAUCAUCAGCCAGCCUCAAGAAGUCCCUGCUCAGUUGUUGAAGGCUUUAGAGAAAGAUGCCAAGAAUCUUCAAAAGUCCCUCAGCUCUGUGAGUGACUCUUGGAGUUCCAGAUUAUUCCACCUCCAGAAUGUCGUGGAAGUGGAAAAGACCACAGUGUUAAAUCAGCACAUGGAGCUAGAAGGCAAACUUCAAAAUCUGAAAGCCUGGAUUGGCAGAACCAGUCUUACUCUAGAUAGCAAGAGAAGUGACAGUGAAACCAGUGUUGACAGCUUGAGUCAUUCUCUCCAACAGUAUGAGGAUAUGAAACAGUCUAUGACUGAAAGGAAGUCUCAACUGGAUGCUCUUACUUUUGAUACUCAGCUCUUUGUCUCUGAGCAUACACAAGACUUGUCCCCUCAGCAAAAUCGACAGAUACUGAGGCUUCUGAAUAAACUACAGAGGUCCUUCCAGGAGCUUGUGGAACAGACCACAGCUCAGAUGGAUGCCUUGAGGGGCCAUCUUCAACAAAUCCAGCAGGAAGCCCAGGUUAAGACUCUUCAGAAACAGCAAAAUACCUGCCAUCAGAAACUGGAAGAUCUUUGCAACUGGGUAGAACAGGCAGAAAGAGCACUGGUGAGCCACCAAGGCAAAACCUCUCAACAAGAUCUUUCUGCUUUGCAAAAGAACCAGAAUGACUUGAAGGAUUUACAGGAUGAUAUUCAGAAUCAUUCUGCUUCAUUUACCACUGCGGUCAAAGACAUUGAAGGGUUCCUGGAAGAGAACCAGAGCAAACUGAGUCCCCAGGAGUCGAUAGCUCUUCAGGAAAAACUUCAUCAGGCUAAGAAGCAAUAUGAGUUUCUCCAAGAACAGACACGGGUGGCCCAGAAGGAGUUAGAGGAAGCAGUAACCUCAGCCUUACAUCAGGAGACAGAAAAGAGUAAAGCAGCAGAGGAUCUGGCAGAGAACAAGAGGAAGAUUGAUGCUCUCUUGGAUUGGGUGACCUCUGUGAGGUCUGACAGACGGCUAUACACCAACCUUCCAGGAAUAGAGCAGUUCUCUGGAGCUAGCCUGGAGAAAUCCUUGGAUGUAACUGAUAGUUAUGUGGGUCUGAACCAAGCCCCAGAGAAACUGGACAGACAGUAUGAAAUGGUGAAGGCACGUCACCAAGAAUUGCUGUCUCAGCAGCAAAAUUUCAUUUUGGCCACCCAGGCAGCUCAGGCCUUCCUGGACCAACAUGGCCACAAUCUCACGCCUGGGGAACGACAGACACUGCAAGAAAAGCUCAGAGAGCUUAAGGAGCAAUAUGCAGAUUCCCUGGUCCAGUCAGAGGCAGAGCUGAAGCAGGUACAGACACUCCGGGAUGAACUACAAAAGUUCCUUCAGGACCACAAGGAAUUUGAAAGUUGGCUAGAACGUUCUGAGAAAGAGCUGGAGAACAUGCAUAAGGGAGGCAGCAGCUCUGAAGCCCUGUACUCCUUGCUAAGGCAGCAAGGAAGCUUCUCAGAGGAUGUCAUUUCCCACAAAGGAGACUUGAGAUUUGUGACUAUCUCAGGACAAAAAGUCUUGGACACAGAAAACAACUCUGAGGAAGGUGGGGAACCAUCAACCACCAGAAACUUAGUGAAGGAAAAGCUCAAGGAUGCAACAGAAAGAUAUACUGCUCUCCACUCAAAGUGUGCACAAUUGGGCUCUCACCUAAACAUGCUGCUAAGCCAGUAUCAGCAAUUCCAGAGCAGUGCCGACAGCCUGCAGGCCUGGAUGUUGACUUGUGAGACCAAUGUGAAGAAGCUCCUCUCAGAUACAGUUGCCUCUGACCCUGGAGUCCUGCAGCAGCAGCUUGCAAUGACAAAGCAUUUACAGGAGGAGUUGGCUGAGCACCAAGUACCUGUAGAAAAGCUCCAGAAAGCAGCUCAUGACCUCUUAGAAAUUGAAGGAGAACCAGCCCUGGACCCUAAGCUUGUUCAAGACACUGCAGAUUCCAUACUCAGCUGCUUUCAGAGCCUCUCCUGUAGUUUGGCUGAGCGCUCUGCUCUGCUACAGAAGGCAAUUGCUCAGUCUCAGAGUGUCCAGGAAGGCCUGGAGAGCCUUUUGCAGUCCAUAAGGGAAGUUGAACAAAAUCUGGAAGAGAAGCAGGCAGCAUCACUCUCAUCAGGAGUCAUUCAAGAAGCCCUGGCCAACCACAUGAAACUAAAGCAGGACAUUGCUCGGCAAAAGAGCAGCUUGGAAGCCACCCAUGAGAUGGUCACUCGAUUCAUGGAGACGGCUGACAGCACCACAGCAUCAGUACUGCAGGGCAAACUGGCAGAGGUGAGCCAGCGCUUCGAGCAGCUCCAGCUCCAGCAGCAAGAAAGGGAGAGCAACCUAAAGAAGCUCCUGCCCCAGGCAGAGAUGUUUGAGCAGCUCUCCAACAAGCUGCAGCAGUUUGUGGAAAACAAAAGUCGAAUGUUGGCCUCUGGGAAUCAGCCCGAUCAAGAUAUUGCACAUUUCUCCCAGCAGAUCCAGGUGCUCACUUUGGAAAUGGAAGACCAACAGGAGAACUUAGACACUCUUGAGCAGCUACUUACUGCACUGGGCUCUUGUGGCUUUGCACUGGACCUGUCCCAGCACCAGGACAAGAUACAGAAUCUCAAAAAGGAUUUCACAGAGCUGCAGAAGACAGUUCAAGAAAGAGAGAAAGAUGCUUCAUCUUGCCAGGAAAAGUUGGAUGAAUUCCGGAAGCUGAUUAAGACCUUCCAAAAAUGGCUGAAAGAAACUGAAGGGCAUAUUCUACCUGCAGAGGCUUUCAUGAGUGCUAAAGAGUCGGAAAGGCACAUUGAACACUUAAAGAGUCUCCUAGAUGACUGGGCAAGUAAAAGAAUUCUAGUGGAAGAAAUCAAUUGCAAGGGCACUUCUCUAGAAAAUCUCAUCAUGGAGAUCACAGCACCUGAUUCCCAAGCCAAGACAGGUUCCAUACUGCCCUCUGUAGGAAGCUCUAUAGGCAGUGUAAACGGAUACCACACCUGCAAAGAUCUGACAGAGAUCCAGUGUGACAUAUCUGAUAUAAACUCGAAGUAUGACAAACUGGGGGAAGUGCUUCGAGAUCGCCAGGAAAGCCUUCAGACUGUCCUCAGCAAAAUGGAGAAGGUUCAGAAAGAGGCCAACUCAGUACUGCAGUGGCUAGAAUCAAAAGAAGAAGUUCUUCAAGCCAUGGAUACCUCUUUAUCUCCAACCAAGACAGAAACAGUGAAAGCCCAAGCUGAAUCUAAUAAGGCUUUCCUGGCUGAAUUGGAGCAGAAUUCCCCCCAAAUCCAAAAAGUGAAGGAAGCCCUGGCUGGAUUACUAGGGACAUAUCCCAACUCGGAAGAAGCAGAAAACUGGAAGAAAAUGAAAGAGGAACUCAAUUCCCGGUGGGAAAGGGCCACCGAGGUUACUGUAGCUCGUCAAAAGCAGCUAGAGGAAUCUGCAGGCCAUCUGGCCUGCUUCCAGGCUGCAGAAUCCCAGCUCCGACCCUGGCUGAUGGAGAAGGAACUGAUGAUGGGAGUUCUGGGGCCCCUGUCCAUUGACCCCAAUAUGUUGAAUGCACAGAAGCAGCAGGUCCAGUUUAUGCUGAAGGAAUUUGAAACACGCAGGCAACAGCAUGAGCAGCUGAAUGAGGCAGCUCAGGGUAUCCUAACAGGCCCUGGAGAUGUCUCUCUAUCCACCAGCCAGGUACAGAAAGACCUCCAGAGCAUCAAUCAGAAGUGGGUUGAGCUCACUGACAAACUUAACUCCCGUUCCAACCAAAUUGACCAAGCUAUUGUUAAAAGCACCCAAUACCAAGAAUUGCUCCAGGAUUUGUCAGAAAAGGUGAAGGCAGUUGGGCAGCGACUGAAUGGUCAGUCAGCCAUCAGCACCCAACCUGAAGCUGUAAAGCAGCAACUGGAAGAGACCAGUGAGAUUCGAUCUGACUUGGAACAAUUAGACAAUGAAAUUAAGGAGGCUCAGCUACUGUGUGAUGAACUCUCACUGCUCAUUGGUGAGCAGUACCUCAAGGAUGAGCUGAAGAAGCGUUUGGAGACAGUUGCCCUGCCACUCCAAGGCUUAGAAGACCUUGCAGCUGAUCGCAUGAACAGACUGCAGGUAGCUCUUGCCAGCACCCAGCAGUUCCAGCAAAUGUUUGAUGAGCUGAGGACCUGGUUAGAUGAAAAACAAAGCCAGCAAGCAAAAAACUGCCCAAUUUCUGCAAAAUUGGAGCGGUUACAGUCUCAGCUACAAGAGAAUGAAGAAUUUCAGAAGAGUCUUAAUCAACACAGUGGUUCCUAUGAGGUGAUUGUUGCUGAGGGGGAGUCUCUGCUGCUUUCAGUGCCUCCUGGAGAAGAGAAGAAGGCUUUACAAAACCAAUUAGUUGAACUCAAAAGCCACUGGGAAGAACUUAGUAAAAAAACUGCAGACAGACAAUCUAGGCUCAAGGACUGUAUGCAGAAAGCUCAGAAAUAUCAGUGGCAUGUAGAAGACCUUGUGCCCUGGAUUGAAGAUUGUAAGGCCAAGAUGUCAGAGUUGCGGGUCACUCUGGAUCCAGUGCAGCUGGAGUCCAGUCUCCUGAGGUCAAAGGCUAUACUGAGUGAAGUGGAGAAGCGCCGCUCCUUGCUGGAAAUACUGAAUAGUGCUGCUGAUAUUCUGAUCAAUUCUUCAGAAACAGAUGAGGAUGAUAUCCGGGACGAGAAGGCUGGAAUCAACCAGAAUGUGGAUGUCAUUACAGAGGAGCUGCAGGCCAAAACAGGGUCUCUAGAAGAGAUGGCUCAGAGGCUCAAGGAGUUCCAGGAAAGCUUUAAGAAUAUUGAAAAGAAGGUUGAAGGAGCUAAACAUCAACUUGAAAUCUUUGAUGCUCUGGGCUCUCAAGCCUGUAGUAACAAGAAUCUGGAGAAGCUAAGAGCUCAACAAGAGGCACUGCAGGCCCUAGAGCCUCAGGUGGACUACCUGAGGAACUUCACUCAGGGACUGGUAGAAGAUGCUCCAGAUGGAUCUGAUGCCUCCCAACUUUUGCAUCAGGCUGAGGUCACCCAGCAAGAGUUUUUAGAAGUGAAGCAAAGAGUAAAUAGUGGUUGCCUGACCAUGGAAAACAAACUAGAGGGGAUUGGCCAGUUUCACUGCCGAGUCCGAGAAAUGUUUUCUCAGUUGGCUGACUUGGAUGAUGAGCUAGAUAGUAUGAGUGCCAUUGGCAGAGACACGGAUAGCCUCCAGUCACAAAUUGAGGAUGUAAGGCAGUUCCUUAACAAAAUCCAAAUCCUUAGAGUUGACAUAGAAGAUUCUGAAGAAGAAUGUCGAAAAAUGUUGGAGGAAGAGGGGACUCUGGACUUGUCAGGUCUUAAGAGGGAGCUGGAAGCCCUUAACAAACAGUGUGGUAAGCUGACAGAGAGGGCCAAGGCUCGCCAGGAACAGCUAGAGCUGACACUGGGUCGUGUAGAGGACUUCUAUAGGAAAUUAAAAGUACUCAGUGAUGCCACUACAGCUGCAGAGGAGGGAGAAGCACUCCAGUGGGUAGUGGGGACUGAAGUGGAUGUCAUCAACCAACAACUAGCAGACUUUAAAAUGUUUCAGAAAGAACAAGUGGAUCCUCUUCAGAUGAAAUUGCAGCAGGUGAAUGGACUUGGCCAGGGAUUAAUUCAGAGUGCAGGAAAAAACUGCGACGUGCAGGGUUUAGAACAUGACAUGGAAGAGAUCAAUGCUCGAUGGAAUACACUGAAUAAAAAGGUGGCACAAAGAAUCGCACAACUACAGGAGGCUUUGUUACAUUGUGGGAAGUUUCAAGAUGCCUUAGAGCCAUUGCUUAGCUGGUUGGCAGACACUGAGGAGCUCAUAGCCAAUCAGAAACCUCCAUCUGCUGAGUAUAAAGUGGUGAAAGCACAGAUCCAAGAACAGAAGUUGCUUCAGCGACUCCUAGAUGAUCGGAAGGCCACAGUAGACAUGCUUCAAGCAGAAGGAGGCAGAAUAGCUCAAUCAGCUGAACUGGCUGAUAGAGAGAAAAUCACUGGGCAGUUGGAGAGUCUUGAAAGCAGAUGGACUGAACUACUAAGCAAGGCAGCAGCCAGGCAAAAACAGCUGGAAGAUAUCUUGGUUCUGGCCAAGCAAUUCCAUGAGACAGCUGAGCCUAUUUCUGACUUCUUAUCUGUCACAGAGAAAAAGCUUGCUAACUCGGAACCUGUUGGCACUCAGACUGCCAAAAUACAUCAGCAGAUCAUUCGGCACAAGGCUCUGGAGGAAGAAAUAGAAAACCAUGCAACAGAUGUGCACCAGGCAGUCAAAAUUGGGCAGUCCCUCUCCUCCCUGACAUGUCCUGCAGAGCAGGGUGUGAUGUCAGAAAAGCUAAACUCAUUACAGGCCCGAUACAGUGAGAUUCAAGACCGGUGCUGUUGGAAGGCAGCCCUGCUUGAGCAAGCACUGUUCAAUGCUAGACUGUUUGGGGAGGAUGAAGUGGAGGUGCUCAAUUGGCUGGCUGAGGUUGAGGACAAACUCAGUUCAGUGUUCGUAAAGGAUUACAGACAGGAUAUCCUGCAGAAACAGCAUGCUGACCACCUGGCUUUAAAUGAAGAGAUUAUUAAUAGAAAGAAAAAUGUCGAUCAAGCUAUUAAAAACGGUCAAGCUCUUCUAAAACAAACUACAGGUGAAGAGGUGUUACUUAUCCAGGAGAAACUGGAUGGAAUAAAGACGCGCUAUGCAGACAUCACAGUCACCAGCUCAAAGGCCCUCAGAACUUUAGAGCAAGCCCGGCAGCUGGCUACCAAGUUCCAUUCAACAUAUGAGGAACUGACUGGGUGGCUGAGGGAGGUGGAGGAGGAGCUGACAGCUAGUGGAGGACAGUCUCCCGUAGGGGAACAAAUACCCCAGUUUCAGCAAAGACAGAAGGAAUUGAAGAAGGAGGUUAUGGAGCACAGACUGGUAUUGGACACAGUGAACGAGGUGAGCCAUGCUCUCUUAGAGCUGGUGCCCUGGAGAGCCAGAGAAGGACUUGAUAAACUUGUGUCCGAUGCCAAUGAGCAGUACAAGUUGGUCAGUGACACUAUUGGACAAAGGGUGGAUGAAAUUGAUGCUGCUAUUCAGAGAUCACAACAGUAUGAGCAAGCUGCUGAUGCAGAACUUGCUUGGGUUGCUGAAACAAAGCGGAAGCUAAUGGCCCUGGGUCCAAUUCGCCUGGAACAAGACCAGACCACUGCUCAGCUGCAGGUACAGAAGGCUUUUUCCAUUGACAUCAUUCGACACAAAGAUUCAAUGGAUGAACUCUUCAGUCACCGUGGUGAAAUAUUUGGCACAUGUGGAGAGGAGCAGAAAGCUAUAUUGCAGGAUAAAACUGAGUGCCUAAUACAGCAAUAUGAAGCUGUUAGCCUGCUUAAUUCAGAGCGUUAUGCUCGCCUAGAGCGGGCACAGGUCUUGGUGAACCAAUUUUGGGAAACUUAUGAAGAGCUCAGUCCUUGGAUUGAGGAAAUUCAGGCAUUGAUAGUACAGCUACCUCCUCCGGCUAUUGAUCAUGAACAACUGAGACAACAGCAAGAAGAAAUGAGACAACUAAGGGAAUCCAUUGCUGAACACAAGCCUCACAUUGAUAAGAUACUAAAGAUAGGCCCACAACUAAAGGAGCUGAACGCUGAGGAAGGGAAAAUGGUGGAAGAAAAAUACCAGAAUGCAGAAAGCAUAUAUGCCCAAAUAAAGGAUGAGGUACGCCAGCGGGCCCUUGCUCUGGAUGAGGCUGUUUCCCAGUCUGCUCAGAUUACAGAGUUCCAUGAUAAAAUCGAACCCAUGUUGGAGACCUUGGAGAAUCUUUCCUCUCGCCUGCGUAUGCCACCCCUGAUCCCUGCUGAAGUAGACAAGAUCAGAGAGUGCAUCAGUGACAAUAAAAGUGCUACCAUGGAGCUAGAAAAACUGCAGCCAUCCUUCGAUGCCCUAAAGCACCGCGGAGAAGAACUCAUUGGGAGAUCUCAGGGAGCAGACAAGGAUCUGGCUGCAAAAGAAAUCCAGGACAAAUUAGAUCAAAUGGUGUUCUUCUGGGAGGACAUCAAAGCUCGGUCUGAAGAGCGAGAAAUUAAAUUCCUUGAUGUCCUUGAAUUAGCGGAGAAGUUCUGGUAUGACAUGGCAGCUCUCCUGACCACAAUCAAAGACACCCAGGAUAUUGUCCAUGACUUGGAAAGCCCAGGCAUUGACCCAUCAAUCAUCAAGCAACAGGUUGAAGCUGCCGAGACCAUUAAGGAGGAGACAGAUGGUCUGCAUGAGGAGCUGGAGUUCAUUCGAAUCCUUGGAGCAGAUUUGAUUUUUGCCUGUGGAGAAACUGAGAAGCCUGAAGUGAAGAAGAGCAUUGAUGAGAUGAAUAAUGCUUGGGAGAACUUAAAUAAAACUUGGAAAGAAAGACUAGAAAAACUUGAGGAUGCCAUGCAAGCCGCUGUGCAGUAUCAAGACACUCUCCAGGCUAUGUUUGACUGGCUAGAUAACACUGUGAUCAAACUCUGCACCAUGCCCCCAGUCGGCACUGACCUCAACACUGUCAAAGAUCAAUUAAAUGAGAUGAAGGAGUUCAAAUUAGAAGUUUAUCAACAGCAGAUUGAGAUGGAGAAACUCAAUCACCAGGGUGAAUUGAUGUUAAAGAAAGCUACUGAUGAAACAGACAGAGACAUUAUUAGAGAACCACUGACAGAACUCAAACACCUCUGGGAGAACCUGGGUGAGAAAAUUGCCCAUAGACAGCAUAAGCUGGAAGGUGCUCUCUUGGCCCUUGGCCAGUUCCAGCACGCCUUAGAGGAACUAAUGAGUUGGCUGACUCACACGGAAGAGUUGCUAGAUGCUCAGAGACCAAUAAGUGGAGACCCAAAAGUCAUUGAAGUUGAGCUUGCAAAGCACCAUGUUCUAAAAAAUGAUGUUUUGGCUCAUCAAGCCACAGUGGAAACUGUCAACAAGGCUGGCAAUGAACUUCUUGAAUCUAGUGCUGGAGAUGAUGCUAGCAGUUUAAGGAGUCGUUUGGAAACCAUGAAUCAAUGCUGGGAAUCAGUGCUGCAAAAAACAGAGGAGAGGGAGCAGCAGCUUCAGUCAACUUUGCAGCAGGCCCAAGGUUUCCACAGUGAAAUUGAAGAUUUUCUCUUGGAGCUCACUAGAAUGGAGAGCCAGCUUUCUGCAUCUAAGCCCACAGGAGGACUUCCUGAGACUGCUAGAGAACAGCUUGAUACACAUAUGGAACUGUAUUCCCAGCUGAAAGCCAAGGAGGAGACUUAUAAUCAGCUGCUCGACAAGGGCAGGCUUAUGCUCUUAAGUCGUGAUGAUUCUGGGUCUGGCUCAAAAACAGAACAGAGUGUAGCACUCUUGGAACAGAAGUGGCGUGUAGUCAGCAGUAAGAUGGAAGAGAGAAAGUCAAAGCUGGAAGAGGCCCUCAGCCUAGCAACAGAAUUCCAGAAUUCCUUGCAAGAAUUUAUCAACUGGCUCACUCUGGCAGAGCAGAGUUUAAACAUCGCCUCUCCUCCCAGCCUGAUUCUAAACACUGUUCUUUCCCAGAUGGAAGAGCACAGGGUUUUUGCUAAUGAAGUAAAUGCUCAUCGGGACCAGAUCAUCGAGCUAGAUCAAACCGGGAAUCAGUUAAAGUUCCUCAGCCAGAAACAGGAUGUUGUUUUGAUCAAGAAUUUGUUAGUUAGUGUCCAGUCUCGGUGGGAAAAGGUUGUCCAGCGAUCUAUUGAAAGAGGACGAUCACUAGAUGAUGCCAGGAAGCGGGCAAAACAAUUCCAUGAAGCUUGGAAAAAACUGAUUGACUGGCUAGAAGAUGCAGAGAGUCAUCUGGACUCAGAACUGGAGAUAUCUAAUGACCCAGACAAAAUCAAACUUCAGCUUUCUAAACACAAGGAAUUUCAGAAAACCCUUGGUGGCAAACAACCUGUAUAUGAUACUACAAUUAGAACUGGCAGAGCACUGAAAGAGAAGACUUUGCUUGCUGAUGAUACUCAGAAACUUGACAACUUAUUAGGAGAAGUCAGAGACAAAUGGGAUACUGUCUGUGGCAAGUCUGUAGAACGGCAGCACAAGUUGGAAGAAGCCUUGCUGUUUUCAGGCCAGUUCAUGGAUGCUUUGCAAGCCUUGGUGGACUGGUUGUAUAAGGUAGAGCCACAACUGGCUGAGGACCAGCCUGUGCAUGGGGACCUUGACCUCGUCAUGAACCUCAUGGAUGCCCAUAAGGUUUUCCAGAAAGAACUGGGAAAGCGAACAGGCACUGUUCAGGUCUUGAAGCGGUCAGGCAGAGAACUGAUUGAGAACAGUCGAGAUGAUACUACUUGGGUAAAAGGGCAGCUCCAAGAACUGAGCACUCGCUGGGACACUGUAUGCAAACUCUCUGUUUCCAAGCAAAGCCGACUUGAACAGGCUUUAAAACAGGCAGAAGAGUUUCGGGACACUGUCCACAUGCUGUUGGAGUGGCUUUCUGAAGCAGAGCAAACGCUUCGCUUUCGAGGGGCCCUUCCUGAUGACACAGAGGCCCUCCAGUCCCUCAUUGAUACCCAUAAGGAAUUCAUGAAGAAAGUAGAAGAAAAGCGAGUGGAUAUGAACGCAGCAGUGGCCAUGGGGGAAGUCAUCCUGGCUGUCUGCCAUCCAGAUUGCAUCACAACCAUCAAACACUGGAUCACCAUCAUCAGAGCUCGCUUUGAGGAGGUCUUGACAUGGGCAAAGCAGCACCAGCAGCGCCUAGAAACAGCCCUGUCAGAACUGGUGGCUAAUGCCGAGCUUCUAGAAGAACUUCUAGCAUGGAUCCAGUGGGCUGAAACCACCCUAAUUCAGCGGGAUCAGGAGCCAAUCCCUCAGAACAUUGACCGAGUCAAAGCCCUUAUCACUGAGCAUCAGUCAUUUAUGGAGGAGAUGACGCGCAAACAACCUGAUGUGGACCGGGUCACCAAGACAUAUAAGAGGAAGAAUAUAGAACCUAUCCAUGCUCCUUUCAUCGAGAAAUCCCGCAGUGGUAGCAGAAAGUCCUUGAGUCAGCCCACACCUCCUCCUAUGCCAAUCCUUUCACAGUCUGAAGCAAAAAACCCACGAAUCAACCAGCUCUCUGCCCGAUGGCAGCAGGUGUGGCUGUUAGCACUGGAGCGCCAGCGGAAGCUGAAUGAUGCCCUGGAUAGACUGGAGGAGUUGAAGGAAUUUGCGAACUUUGACUUUGAUGUCUGGAGGAAAAAGUAUAUGCGUUGGAUGAAUCACAAAAAAUCUCGGGUCAUGGAUUUCUUCCGGCGCAUUGACAAGGACCAGGAUGGGAAGAUAACACGUCAAGAGUUUAUUGAUGGCAUUUUAGCAUCCAAGUUCCCUACCACCAAGUUAGAGAUGACAGCUGUGGCUGACAUUUUUGACAGAGAUGGGGAUGGCUACAUUGACUACUAUGAGUUUGUGGCUGCCCUGCAUCCCAACAAGGAUGCUUAUCGACCAACAACUGAUGCAGAUAAAAUUGAAGAUGAGGUCACAAGACAAGUGGCUCAGUGCAAAUGUGCAAAAAGGUUUCAAGUGGAGCAGAUUGGAGAGAAUAAAUACCGGUUCUUCCUCGGCAAUCAGUUUGGGGAUUCUCAGCAGUUGCGGCUGGUCCGUAUUCUGCGCAGCACAGUAAUGGUCCGUGUUGGUGGAGGAUGGAUGGCCUUGGAUGAGUUUUUAGUGAAAAAUGAUCCCUGCCGAGCACGAGGUAGAACUAACAUCGAACUUAGAGAAAAAUUCAUCCUACCAGAAGGGGCAUCACAGGGAAUGACUCCAUUCCGAUCAAGGGGUCGAAGAUCCAAGCCAUCUUCCCGGGCAGCUUCUCCCACUCGAUCCAGCUCAAGUGCUAGUCAGAGUAACCACAGCUGUACAUCCAUGCCUUCUUCUCCAGCCACCCCAGCCAGUGGGACCAAGACUCCACUUCAGUUCUCUCGCUGUUAUGACAAACCCUGGUUGGUAAACAGUAAAGCUGGCACCCAUGUCAGGGACAACCAUUGUCCUGACCUCCAGCUGCUCAGCCCUGAGGUUAUUCCAUCAACAGGCAGCAAGUUGAAACGACCAACACCAACUUUUCAUUCUAGUCGAACAUCCCUUGCUGGUGAUACCAGCAAUAGUUCCUCCCCAGCUUCCACAGGUGCCCGAACUAAUCGGGCUGACCCUAAAAAGUCCACCAGUCGCCCUGGGAGUCGGGCUGGAAGUCGGGCCGGAAGUCGAGCCAGCAGCCGGCGAGGAAGUGAUGCCUCUGACUUUGACCUUUUAGAAACACAGUCUGCUUGUUCAGAUACAUCCGAAAGCAGCGCCGCAGGGGGCCAGGGCAACUCCAGAAGAGGGCUCACCAAACCUUCCAAAAUCCCAACUAUGUCUAAGAAGACCACCACUGCCUCCCCCAGGACUCCGGGUCCCAAGCGGUAACACUGUACAAGCACCCCAGCCACUAUCCACUUGAAUCCUGCUCCAUACAUUGGGUGUAUAUUUAUUCUGAAUGGGAGAAAUUAUAUUGUUAAAAGUGUAAAAGAAUAACUGUGUUAUGAAGCUGCCUUAUUUUUUUUUCCUUUUUGUAAGUUACUAUUUUCAUGUGAAUAUUUAUGUAGAUAAAAUUUGUCUCCUGGUAACCCUGUAAUGGAUGGGGCCCAGAAAUGAAAUAUUUGAGGAAAACAAAUGAAAAGGUCAAGAUACAAAUGUGUAUUAAAAAAGAAAAGCCUCUAAGUAGGGUUUCUGUGUGGUGCAGGGUUGUAAACCUGCUUUAUCUUUUAGGAUUAUUCCUAAAUGCAUCUUCUUUAUAAACUUGACUUGCUGUCUCAGCAAGAUAAAUUAUAUUUAAAAAAAAAAAAAAAGCCACAGUGUUUAAGAACCUAUUCUUUUGUAAAU